GCGGACGGAGAGAACAUUCUCGGCAGCGCCUGCGCUAGCGCCGCUGAUACGGAGGAGCCCGCUGCAAAAAAGUCCAAAAUCAACAUGAUUUCCAACUAUGGAUUCAAAGUGGCCGAGACCGAGCACAUAUCCUGCGUGUUGGAGGCGACAGGCAGCUGGGAGGCGAUGGUGAAUUCCGUGCAGCAGCAGCCGCCGCCGCCAGCAGAGAAGGAGGUUGAGCCGGUGAUGGCGGUAGAGCAGGCCCCAGUAGCACUAGGCGGAGACAAUGGGGUCGCCCUGCUGAUCCUGGAGCCGGACAAAACAGACGUGAAACCAGACGAGAACCAUGCGCUCGGGAUCGUCGCCGAGACCCCAGAUGUUCUUGGUCUUCCCUCCAACGGGUUGGGCGACUCCCCCGAAGACGAUGACAGGUCUUCACACGCAAGUUCCAGCGACUGGACACCUCAACCUCAAAUAGGUUCCUACAGUUUCAUUCAGCAACACAUAAUGAGAGAGACGGAUCCUAGGACCAUUCUCAAGGACCUGCUUCCAGAGACUACUCUCCCGCCAGACCUGGAUGACAUGACGUUGUGGCAGAUCAUCAUAAACAUCUCGGAGCCGCCGAAAAGAAAGAAGCGGAAGGAUAUUAACACGCUAGAGGACGUGGCUAGGCUUCUCCAUGAAAGUAAAAGGAUCCUUGUGUUGACCGGUGCUGGGGUGUCCGUGUCGUGUGGAAUUCCAGACUUCCGAUCCCGCGAUGGUAUUUAUGCAAGGCUUGCUGUCGACUUCCCUGAUCUUCCAGAUCCUCAAUCCAUGUUUGACAUUGAAUACUUUAGAAGAGAUCCGCGACCCUUCUUUAAGUUUGCCAAGGAGAUCUACCCCGGUCAGUUCCAGCCUUCACCCUGUCACAAAUUCAUAUCCAUGCUGGAUAAGAAGGAGAAGCUUUUGCGCAAUUACACCCAGAACAUUGACACACUGGAACAAGUGGCAGGUGUACAAAGGAUUAUUCAGUGCCAUGGUUCAUUUGCAACGGCGUCCUGUCUGGUCUGCAAACACUCGGUUGACUGUGAGGCUAUCCGGGAAGACAUCUUCAACCAGGUGGUUCCUCGGUGUCCACAUUGUGCAGAUAUCCCCUUGGCAAUCAUGAAACCAGACAUCGUCUUCUUCGGAGAGAAUCUUCCAGAAUUGUUCCACAGAGCCAUGAAACAAGACAAAGACGAAGUGGACCUGUUGAUAGUCAUCGGCUCCUCACUUAAAGUGCGACCGGUCGCUCUUAUCCCAAACUCCAUCCCCCACGACGUGCCACAGAUCCUCAUCAACCGGGAGCAGCUCCCCCACCUGAACUUUGACGUGGAGCUGCUGGGCGACUGUGACGUCAUCGUCAACGAGCUCUGCCACCGGCUGGGCGGCGACUUCGAGCAGCUGUGCGACCAGACCUUAAGACUCAGUGAGAUCACGGAGAAGCCGCCGCGGUUACCGGACGACGACGACGCCGCCGCCGUGGAGACCGUGACGACGUCGACGACCUCCGAACCGGACAAGACGCCGCAGGAGGAGACGGCUCGGGGCGCCGCAACCGCGCCGUCCACGCCUUCAGAGGAGACGGCGGAGGGGACGGUCGCCGAAGCCUCAGUCCCCGCCGCUGAGCACGCGCCUCCAGAGCCGUGUCCGGCGGCGGCAGAACAACCCCUCCAGAACGCCGCCGCCGCCACGACCGCGGAGUCCCCGGAGGACGAGACGGAGGACACGCCAAAGGAAGAGGAAGCGGAGGCGGAGCCCAGACGCCGCAGCUCAAACCUGGAUCUUCGCAGGAGAUGCUGGAUGAGUCGGCUCGGCAGGAGCCCGAUCAGCAAGCGCCUUGAGACGUGCCAGUACCUAUUCCAAGCACCCAAUCACUACAUCUUCCACGGCGCGGAGGUCUACUCCGACUCGGAGGACGAGUCGUCGAGCUCCUGCGACAGCGACAGCGAGGGGUCCAGCUGCAGCGGCGACGACCCCGAGGAGGACAGCACCGGCACCGAGGAGGACGCCGCCGCCGCCACGCCGGCCCCGGGCGACCAGCCGGGGCCUCAGAGACACGAUAACGCACUACACGCUCGCCGGCGAGGGCACGGCGAAGGCUCAGACGGACAAUGCUCGUGAAAGCAACAUUCAGAGCUCCACACAUCUGGAAGUGUAAAAACGACCCAGUCCACAAAGCACUAGUUGUCUUUUUUUCUUCUUCCUCCUAAUCUUUAUUCUUUUUUUCGACUCGUCAACCUUGCUUUUCAUUUUUGUAUAAAUUGAGUUAGAACGACAAUUUUGUGUGAAUAUGCAGCAAAUAUGUACUUGUUCCUUUUUGUGCCCGGUUUGGUCACAUAUGUUGUCUGAAGGCUCAUACUGUGGACUACUGGGUAACGGAUGCAGCAGUAGUUCAUCUCAUCUAUGGUGUGUGUUGACGUGCCCUUUGCGGGGCAAACAAAAACCAUUGCGAAAGUAGAAUAAGCUUAAAUCCAUUGCAAAUUCAACAUGCAGCCCAGAGUACAGAGUGAAACAAACCCCACCAAAAUCAAUCCACAAUGUGCCAUCAUCUGUGUUUUCUGCAACUGCAUCUUGUUUAUGGACAUGACCCAAGGAAACGUUCUCAGCCUGCUGCCUGUGAGAGAGCAGGUGUUAUGAGAUGACCCAGACGUGAAGCGUCCCCAGGUGGCUUAAGUUGAAUGCGUUGUCUUAAGCUGCAAUACAGUCAAAGGGUGGCCCUGGUGAUAAAUACAGAUUUCCAAUCUAAAACCAAAGAACACUUCCUCAGCCUUUUAAGUUAUACAUUAUUUCUGUGUUUAACAUGUCAUUUACGCCUUG